AUGACUAAAGAUAUUUAUAAAUAUUUAGAGGAAUUUCCAUUAUGGGAAAAUAUUAUGAACAAUGGAGAAAUUACAAAAGAACCGAUUAAAAAUACUGAAUGUAAUGACAUUAGAGAAGAUAUACCUAUAAAAUUUCGUUCGGAUAUUGACAAUAUAUGCAAAAAAGUUGAUUCCUAUACACGAUAUUUAAGCAUAUAUCACACGAGUUCCUCUUGGAAUUCCAAAUCGUGUUGCAUAUAUUUGUAUUAUUGGCUAUAUAUUUAUUAUGAUAAUGAAGACUAUGUUGAUGAAGUUAAAGAGCUUUAUAAUAAAUUAAUAAAUGUAUUUUAUGAUUCAAUUGGUCUGGGAUGUAAGUUUCAUAAGGAGAAUACAUUUACAUAUAUUGAAAUAUUAAACCUCAAAGAUAUAUAUGACAUGAACACUAAGCUUAAUAAAAUAAGUGAGAAAACUGAAGUAUCUAAUAAAGAAUGUGAAUGUGCAAAAGAAUGUGCAAAUAAAUAUAUGGGAUACAAGGAUACAUGUAAAUACAACACUUUCCCCUUUUUUUGUAAUGCAUUAGAAGUGUUUAGAGAAAAAUAUAAUAAAAAAUUAUCAUCUAUUAAUUGUGAUAAUGGUACCCCCAAAAUUUUACCUUCCUUACAGACGAAUAAUAUAGUAACGUUUACAUUAAUUCCAAUUUUCACUCCAUAUGGUCCAUGUAUCCGACAUGAAUUAAUGAGGAAAAGGAAAAAAUAUGAUAGUAUAGAUAAUGAAAGUAAUAUAACGAAAUUAUGCGAAACAUCUACUUAUGAUUUUAAAAAUAAUAAAUAUCUUAUAUUAUACAACACUCACUAA